UAUUAUCAGGAACAGGAAGUACUAGAGAAGGAGGAAGAGGAAAAGCAGGAACAAAACUCUUCCAGGAUUUUCAAAUAUUAAGCAGAAUUUGGACUCAUCCAUGGUGCUUACAGCUGGACUAUAUUAGCAAAGAAAACAAGGGGUAUUUUGAGGAAGACAGGAUGAAUGAAUUCAUACCAUCAGAUUCUGAUGAAACCUCACUGAGUUUAAGUUCAGAUGAUUAUCCUAAGAAAAAAAAGUUCAAAGGGAAAAAAAGAACUAGCUCAGGUGGACAUGAGGAUGCAGAAGUAAUUAAAGUAUGGAAUUCAAGAUCCAGAGGUGGUGGUGAAGGGCAUAAGGAUGAGCUGGCCAGCAUUUCAUCUGUGAUGGUAAAAAAAGAAAAAAGUGAGUCUAAUGUAGAAGUAAACUUUUGUAUUUAUGUAAGGAUCAAAAAAUAUUGGUAAUAUGAUA